UGGUGCGGCCUCCGGCGUUCCCGUGGAUCUGAGCUGCUCUGCUGCGGGGGGCGGUGGCGGACGGUUCCCGACAUGGCGAUGUCGGCCAAGGAGCGGAAGCUGAGCAGGCUCGGGAGUGGCAAGGGGGCCAACGGGAGCUUCGGCGCGAGGGGUGGCCACCGGCCUCCGCCGCCGGCGGGGACGCGGCGGCGGCUGUUCGCCGCGUUCUUCGCGUUCCUGUGCGCCGGCGCGGUCGUCUUCGGCGGCGUGCACGCCAUUGGAGCGUCGUUCCGGCCGGUGCUCAUGACGGCGUGGCCGUCGGCGACCCUGAACGCCCUGUCCUCGGAGCGCCGGGUGCAGCAAGCUGGUGGCGAUGGCGCCGGCUCCGUUCUGCCUUCGGUCGAAAUCCGGCACGCCGUCGCGCUGCCGGACCAUGUUCUCCUGAUCCUCAGAGACGGGUCUCUGCUGCCAGCUUCCGGGCAGUUCGAGUGCCUGUACUCUGUCGCCAACUCGACGCAGCUGCGCCACCCUCCUCUCUUGGUCGCCACCAUGCCGGAUGGACCCAGCCUCGUGCAUUGCCCUGCCGGACCGUCUGGGGUGGCCGUGUCCCUGUCGCUGGCCCAGUCGCCUCCGGUGACACCGCUCCGAUGGGACCAGCUCGUGUACACCGCGCUUCUUGACAGCCGGGAUAACUCCACCAUUCUGUUUGCCAAAGGGAUGAACCUCCGGCCAGGCCGUCUCGGUGUGCCAUCACGGUAUGAGUGUGUGUUCGGCCGGGACUUGUCGAAGCCCAAGUUUGUUGUCACCUCCCCUGUGAUUUCUGCUGCGCAGGAGACAUUCCGGUGCGUGACACCUCUCCGUGUUCGCCGGUACCUCAGGAUGACAGCUGAUGGGAGCAGCAACAGAAACAGUGAUGGCAAGCCUAUGCUGGUUUCCAUCAGGACUAAGGGCCGGGGGAGCUCUACACUCCCCUCGAUCGCAGAACCGGAGCCGCUUCCUAGGCCCAACAGGCAUCGGCGUACUAGGCAUCGGCAACAGAAGGCGCACUCAAUGUGUGUAUGCACCAUGCUGCGCAACCAGGCACGGUUCCUCCGGGAAUGGAUCAGUUACCACUCCCAUAUCGGCGUGCAACGGUGGUUCAUCUAUGACAACAACAGCGAUGAUGACAUUGAGCAAGUCCUCAAUACCAUGGAUCCAUCUGCAUACAAUGUGACACGCCACUUGUGGCCUUGGAUGAAAUCUCAGGAGGCUGGGUUUGCACAUUGUGCGCUCAGGGCCCGUGAGAGCUGUGAGUGGGUGGGGUUCAUCGAUAUCGACGAGUUCUUGCACUUCCCUGGCAACCAAACUCUACAGGAUGUCCUCCAGAAUUACUCAAGCAAGCCACGGAUUGGUGAGCUCAGGACUGCAUGCCACAGCUUUGGUCCAUCAGGUCGGACUAAGAUACCCAAGAAAGGAGUCACAACAGGCUACACCUGUCGGUUGGCUGCCCCGGAGCGCCACAAGUCAAUCGUCAGGCCAGAUGCAUUAAACCCAUCGCUGAUCAAUGUGGUGCACCACUUCCAUCUCAAGGAAGGGAUGAAGUAUGCAAAUGUUGGUCAGGGAGUGAUGCUGAUCAACCACUACAAAUACCAAGUCUGGGAGGUGUUCAAGGAUAAGUUCUCUGGGCGUGUCGCGACCUAUGUUGCUGAUUGGCAGGACGAGGAGAAUGUUGGAUCCAGGGACAGGGCGCCAGGUCUAGGGACCAAACCGGUGGAACCGGAGGAUUGGCCGAGUCGGUUCUGUGAAGUAUAUGACACCGGUUUGAAAGAUUUUGUGCAUAAAGAGUUCACGGUUCAACAGACUGGAAAUCUUCCAUGGUAGAUGGCGAGGCACUGUAUUUAACCCGCACGAGCACAGGAUAUAUGGCAUGGAGAAACAGACAGCGAAAAGAAGAAACACGAACUGGGAUAGGUAGUACAGUGAUUUUUGCUCUUUGGUAUAUGGUUAGGCUUUGUUGUUAGAUUGCUUUCCUUAGUUCAGAAUCAUCUUUUUUUUUUAACAUAUCAUAUCUAGAGAGAAAUGAUUCUUUUGUAGAUACAACAGUUCACUGUUGAAAUGGAAAAUGCAUACUUGACUUUCC